UGAGGCGGCGGCGGAGCGCGGCGGGGCCGCCCGGCCAUGGAGCGCUACGAGAAGCUGGGCAAAGUCGGGGAGGGCUCCUACGGCGUCGUCUUCAAGUGCCGCAACAAGGACACGGGGCAGAUUGUGGCCAUCAAGAAGUUCCAGGAGUCCGAGGAGGACCCGGUGAUUCGGAAGAUCGCCCUGAGGGAGAUCCGCAUGCUCAAGCAACUCAAGCACCCCAACCUGGUGAAGCUGCUGGAGGUGUUCAGGAGGAAGCGGCGGCUGCACCUGGUGUUCGAGUACUGCGAGCACACCGUGCUGCAGGAGCUGGACAGGCACCCCCGCGGGGUGCCAGAGUAUCUGGUGAAGAGCAUAACCUGGCAGACCCUGCAGGCUGUGAACUUCUGCCAUAAACACAAUUGCAUCCACCGGGACGUGAAGCCAGAGAACAUCCUGAUAACGAAGCACUCGGUCAUCAAACUCUGUGAUUUUGGAUUUGCUCGAAUCCUGACUGGUCCCAGUGACUACUACACCGACUACGUGGCCACCAGGUGGUACCGCUCCCCGGAGCUGCUGGUGGGGGACACCCAGUACGGCCCCCCCGUGGACGUGUGGGCCAUCGGCUGCGUGUUCGCCGAGCUGCUCUCGGGGCUGCCCCUGUGGCCGGGCAAGUCAGACGUGGACCAGCUGUACCUCAUCCGCAGAACCCUGGGGGAUCUCAUUCCCAGGCACCAGCAAGUGUUCAGCACCAACCAGUUCUUCAGUGGGGUAAGAAUUCCAGACCCAGAGAUCAUGGAACCACUGGAAGUGAAAUUCCCCAAUAUUUCAUACUCUGCCCUGGCUCUCAUGAAGGGCUGCCUUCGGAUGGACCCUGCAGAGAGGCAGAGCUGUGAGCAGCUCCUGCAGCACCCCUAUUUUGACAGCUUCAGGGAGCCAGCAGAGCUGGGCAAAGAGCACAAGAAGAGCACUCAGAAACCAGCCAGGCUGACUCGGAAGCACGUGCCAGGGUUACAGCACCUGCCUCAGCUGACCUGCAGCAAAGUUCUCCCAGCUUUGGAUAGCAAGAAGAACUGCUGCAAGACAAGGAAAUCCAAGUACCACUUCCCAAACAUCUGACCAGGUGGCCGAUCAAAACUCAGUUGUUUGAAGUCAUCCAGAAUUUAUAAAUGGAGGAAACACAGUGGAAAACUAAAUUACUAAAAGUUCUGGCACGUGCAGAGUGAUCUGUCCUCUACUCUGGGUCACUGAUGGAGAGGAAGGUGUUGCUCUGAAGCAACAUCACUGCAACACCCUGUGCUCAACAAUGUGUGACAGCUCUGCAACUCUUUGCCCAUCUGUAGAGAGUUCCAUGAAUACUCAGUGCCCCCUGCCCUCUUGUGCACAGUGACCAAAGCCUAACCCUCAGUUUUGGCAGCACACCUUUUUCAAACUGCCUCCUAGAAAGCCUCUCUCCAUGGUAUGGAGAAGAGCACUCUGGAACAGUUGAGGAUUCCCUAGGAGAAGAAAACACACCUGUGCCCAUGCCAGUGAUGCAGAAAGAGCUCCAAGCUCAUCUUAGUGUUCUGUGUACAAAGGCAAAUGCAUUCUGCUUCCAUUCCUGAUUGCCUCCUGGGUCAGGGUUACCCCAACCCAGUGCUUACAGUAUGAAAUUUAAAGCUCUGGCCUAUCUGUCCCUGCAUUUCAGACUUGACAGGAGAGCUCCACCUUGCCAAAUACACGAGUCCCUCGUGCUUUAGGCUGGGCCCAGUCCCUGCUCUGUGAGGAGCUGUGCCUGUGCUGCUGAAGGGCUGAAGCUGUGUUGGUGCAGCCCAGGCUGGGAGGGGCUGCCUGGCUGCUCCAGGGAGGCUCAGCUCCAGAGGUGCACCAGGCUCACUCCUGCCCUUCCAGAGCUCAAAGGUCUCCAAGUGCUGCUGGGGGCUUCAGAGGCUCCACAGGCACCAGGAGAACAGAGCAAAAACAUCCCUGCUGUUUUUUUAGUCUUUCCAGAGCUCCUCCUGCAAGUUUCAUCCUUGAAUUCUGCUUCUGACAAGAGUGAGGGUACUUGCUUGUAGUUACAGAAAUUAUUUUAUCAAAACUAAUCAUGAAUGUAAUUUAUAACAUUGGCCAGACACAGGCAGGAAUUCUACCUGUUUGUAGAAUCUCAGAAUAUAAUAUUGUGAUGAUUUUGAAUAAAAGAAAUGUAGCUUCUUUUUCCAAUUUACGGGAGGUAUUUUGCUAUAUAAAACUUCACUACUGGGUAAGAACAUCCUCUUUUUACUGACACUUACAGCAAAAAUGUUUUGCCAGUACGUUUUGUGUUCCACAGCAGUAAAAGCCCUUUCAGUGGGA